UAAGUUUUUCAAGGGAUGUACUACAAAUUUGAUAAAGGCAUGGUGGCCAGAAUUUGUUAAUCUGUCACCCGCGUUUUGUCUGUAGUGAUGUUAGGGAGGCUGUACUGCUGGAUCUACGCUACGCUAAAGCCUAGAUAUGAGUACGUGGUCGCUUUGGCAGAAGAUGCCCCCGAGAUACCAGUUGACGACACGCAGUCAACUGGACUCAGAAGAACCGGAAGUUCUUAUAGACGACAGACCACGGACGCCAAGAACGCCGCGGCCGAUGACGUCUCCAAGGUCACAGGGUGAUACGAAUGUACGACCGUCACCGAGAGCAUAUCUUGCCGGGAGUCCACGUCAAGGAGAAACUCGUACCGUUAAUCCUCCAAAUAUGCGACGUCCGGUAUUCCCAGGCCGCAAAUCGGGCUAUAUAAAUCAUAUAAAAACUCAAAAGAGAGUAAAUUCUGCUAGAAUAAAGUUAGCUACCAACCCGGCCACAACCACGUGUCCGCCUCGACAGAGAGCUAAAACGGCUCCUCUAAACAGCCCGAGGAGUGCCGAAGUAUAUUGCACUUCCCGAUCACUUCCCACACCUCAGCAACAAAAGAGAGAAAACUACGACAAUUUAAAGCAAAACGAUACAGGGGAAUUCUCAGCGAAGAUAGAUUUGUCUGCGGACGUGUUUGGACUAGAAGAAAAUCGUUCAUCCUCUGGGGCCUCGGGGUUUUCCCAAAGAGAAAUCCCUCCUCGGAAGUUUAUUGUUCGGGAGACAGACGAAGGAACUCUAUAUAUAGACAAUGGUAAGGUGGUAUUCUUCCGAAAGGCACGACAGAACGGAACUGAUCUGAUGAAAAUCAAUGGUUCCGUGUCAUCAGAGAAGGGAGGUUUCCUCGCCAGUAUUCGGCGCGAAUAUCUUAACAAGCCUCGGUAUCUAGCAAAUACUUCAAAAGCACAUGGUCGGACGUCAACCAACGAGGACCGAUUAGUCCAUCGCGAAAGAAUGAAGUAUAACCAGAAAGUCGGUCAUAUUCUAGAUUAUUACUCUAGUGACGACGAGGACCAAAUAUCUAUGGAUGACUUGUCGCGGUAUACUAAAAGUCCGCGGUCUUGGAGGAACACUAGAGAACUGUCACCGCGCGUAAGAAAGAUUUACCUGGACGAGAAUCCUCGCCGCGACCAUCGACAUCAUGCGUCACAACAUUAUGACGUCAUGGAUGAUCCAAGUGCAUACCUUAAAUUGACAAGUCAGUCAAAGUUGCACGACCGGAAGUUUUACCUGCGCACACCAGGAUUUCAGAUGCUUGUCCCUGGAGCGCAAGGAAUCACAGCCACCAAUUUUGAAAAGAACUGUAAGUGUGGGAUGUGUCGCAUCGAAAUGCAAAUAUCUCUACUGGCACAAUUGGGAAUACAAUUUCCGAUGCAGGAUCAAGUGGUCGAUGAAAAUUUUGUACAACAAGAUAUGACAAAACAAACAGAACAAGACACACAAACUGAAAAUAAUAUUUUCCAGGGGGGAAACAAAAACUUGGAAGAGGAAAAACCACAAAAACCGGCCGUAACAGAAGUUCCGCCACGACCGGAACAAGUACUGACAAUCACUUUACCGGAAAUGAUGUCAGAGAGAGACGCCACAGAUAUAUCAACUCGAGAAUCCGCGAGAGUAACGUACCGAAGUGUCCCAGGGGACUGAUGACUGUUGAUCUAUGUUGAUAUUAGAUAUUACACUGUGUGGUAUCCAUGGCACCAGGUAUGAUCGCGCCACCUGGUGCUGGGUCUCAGAACUAAAACAAGACGUUAGUUUUACCUAUUCAGAUGAAUAAUAUCUACAGCCAGUGUUACUUUUGAGGAUAAUUCCAGUGCCUCUGUUCACAAUAUCGUACCAUGUACAUUUCAUCAGAGACCACGAAUUUUCACAUUAGACAUGUUCACCAAUCUUUUUCAUUCUAAACGCAUUGUGUAUAAAUAACACUAGACAUUGUGACCUUCGUCUUGUUGAUGGGAACUACGUAAAGAGAUUUCGUCAUAGUAGUUAACUUCUGGAAGAACUGAUUUCGUCACCUGUAUUUUCCUAUUGUAUUUGGCUCGAAAUAAUUCUGUUUUUCGAAGUGUUUGAUGGUCUUUUGUCUUUAAAUCAUACUAGAAUACAUCGCUUUAUUUGAUCAAAAUGAUAAAUUUGAUUUCCGUAAUUGCUAGGAUGUUUCCAUGGUUGAUUACUUCCCGGUAAUACCAUUAUCUGGAGAUUUGUGCACUCUUUCUGUAUCCUAUCAACAACUAAGUUGUCAAACGCUAAUACCUGAACUAAGAGAAUAAAAGAAACAUAAAAGGUAUAUUCGUAAGUAUCACUUUAACGGCGAGUGUUUAAACGUAAGAGAAUGAUAUCUAGCAACAAACGUUAUGUUACAUAUGUCAAAAUCAUGAAAGAAGAUGAAAAGUACAUGUAUAUGGGUCUCAUACAUUCUACACAGCGAUUGGUGAUCAUCUGGUUCAUUAUCUGGCACUGGCUAGGUCAGCGUUGUGGUUGUGUGGAUGUCCUCUAAAGUUU